GGCAUGCCAAGGACGCUCUGGACCUGGCUCGAAUGCAGGAGCAGACCUCUCAGAUGGAGUACCAGAGUAAAAUAAAGGAGUACGAAGCAGCGGUUGAGCAGCUCAAAGGAGACCAGAUUCGUGUCCAGGCAGAGGAGAGGAGGAAAACCCUACAAGAGGAGACCAAGCAGAAUCAAGCUAGAGCUCAGUACCAGGACAAGCUGGCCAGACAGCGAUAUGAGGACCAACUUAGACAACAGCAAAUGUUGAACGAGGAGAACCUUCGCAAACAGGAGGAGUCCGUGCAGAAACAGGAGGCCAUGAGGAAAGCAACGAUAGAGCACGAGAUGGAGCUGAGGCACAAGAACGAGCUGAUGCGCAUCGAGGCCGAGGCGAAAGCUCGAGCGCGCGUGGAGCGGGAGAACGCAGAUAUAAUCCGAGAGCAAAUCCGCCUGAAGGCAGCGGAACACAGACAGACUGUGCUGGAAUCCAUCAAGACUGCAGGUACUGUGUUUGGAGAAGGAUUCAAGGCCUUCGUGUCAGACUGGGACAAAGUUACUGCAACGGUGGCAGGUCUGACACUUUUAGCUGUUGGUGUGUAUUCAGCUCGAAACGCCACCGGUGUGGCAGGACGUUACAUCGAGGCUCGACUUGGAAAGCCAUCUCUAGUGAGAGAAACAUCCAGAUUCACUGUGGGAGAGGCCAUCAAGCAUCCCAUUAAGACGGUCAGGAGGUUGAAGAGUAAACCUCAGGACGCUCUUGAGGGAGUUGUUCUCAAUCCUUCCUUGGAAGAGCGUGUGCGUGACAUUGCCAUAGCAACAAGGAACACGAGGCAGAACCACGGUCUGUACAGGAACAUCCUCAUGUACGGACCACCGGGAACAGGCAAAACGCUGUUCGCUAAGAAGCUGGCAGUGCAUUCUGGGAUGGACUACGCCAUCAUGACUGGUGGCGAUGUGGCGCCGAUGGGCCGUGACGGCGUCACCGCCAUGCAUAAAGUGUUUGACUGGGCCAACACGAGCAGACGCGGACUGCUGCUGUUUGUCGACGAAGCUGACGCAUUCCUUCGCAAAAGAGCCACAGAGAAAAUCAGUGAAGACCUCAGAGCCACUUUGAAUGCCUUCUUGUAUCGCACUGGAGAACAAAGCAACAAGUUUAUGUUAGUGUUGGCCAGUAACCAGCCGGAGCAGUUCGACUGGGCCAUAAACGACCGUAUCGAUGAAAUAGUAAACUUUAAGCUGCCGGGUCUGGAGGAGAGGGAGCGAUUGGUGCGAUUGUACUUUGACAAAUACGUGCUGGAGCCGGCCACUGGAGGGCGACAGAGGAUGAAACUCGCUCAGUUCGAUUAUGGUAAAAAGUGCUCAGAGAUCGCCAAGAGGACAGARGGUAUGUCAGGAAGAGAGAUCUCCAAGCUGGGUGUGGCCUGGCAGGCUGCAGCGUAUUCCUCUGAGGACGGCGUCCUGACAGAAGCCAUGAUCGACGCCCGGGUUGAUGACGCCAUCAAGCAGCACCAUCAGAAGAUGGACUGGCUGCGCGGUGAGGAGGAGGCCAAGAGUCUCACUCCUCCUCCAGCCGGGGCGUCGGGCAGUGGAGGGAAAUCGGGUUUUAAUCUCCCGCUGAAGGAGACGCCUCAGGCUCAGGAGGUGAUCGCAUCUGUCCUCGAGGUCAACUCAAAUCAACAAAGUGAAAGUGUGCCCCCUCCUCUUUACAACGACCAAUCAGCAGCUGGACAGGACAGGGACGAUGCUGCCAGAGCUGAAGUUAAGACAACCGAGGCAGGUCUAACACAAGAGACAGAAAAACAGGACAAGACCGGUCCUCCAAAGGAUGGAACUCCAGUUUGAGUUUUAGUAUCUGUAUUAGAACCAUUAGUGUCCCACUCUCCUAACUAGUUUGGGAGAGAGAAGUCAUUUUGUUUUUCAUAACACAAAAUAAUGCCUGAACCUGUUAUUUUAAUGUAAAAUGUAUACAAUAUAAAAGUGUACUUAGAAAUAAAGUGUCUGUAAUUAGCUACACUUUAAAUGUUGUCUCUGUUGAAAUGAUUAAAAACAAUUUGAUAACAAAA